AUGGAGUCGGCGAAGAAGAUAGCUCACGAGAUCGGUGGUUUGAAGAACGACGCGCUCCGAUUCGGUCUUCACGGCGUUAAAAGCGACAUCGUUGGAUCUCACCCUCUCGAAUCAGCCUACGAAUCUGGGAAGAAAUCGGAAGAAGAAAUGAAGAGGCAAGUGAUUGCACAUACCUAUGGAGCUGCUCUUCCUUUGAAGAUGGAUCUCGAUAGACAAAUCCUUUCACGGUUUCAGAGACCUCCUGGAGCAAUUCCCUCGUCAAUGCUUGGCCUAGAAGUGUACACAGGAGCGAUAGAUAACUUUGGUUUCGAAGAUUACUUGAACGAUCCUCGUGAAUCCGAGACGCUCAGGCCAGUGGAUUUUCACCACGCCAUGGAAGUUCGUCUUGGUCUUUCCAAAGGUCCAGCUUCUCCAAGUUUCAUGUAG